CCGCACCCCGUGACCCAGCCUCCUUUCUAUAGGCCUUGCUUUCUAGCUAACAAAGUUAGGGGAUUUUUAAAUUCAAAACAGUACAAUUGAAUCCAAUGCUCCAUGAAACUAUGUGAUAGCUUGUGUUAUCAUGCUUUCGACAUUGGCCGUGCUCGGGUAUAUUGCUGCACUCAUGUCACCAGCGAUGUGCUGUCUUUCUGACGAAUAUGAGACAAGGGACGGGGAAUGCUGCUCGUUAUGUCUCGAAGGUUCCGUUGUUCGAAGAGACUGCACACAGCAGUCAGGCAUACAGCAGUCAGGCACACUGUGCAGCCGCUGUGUGAAUGGGACUUAUAUGAACCAACCCAAUGGCCUGACUAAAUGUUUCUUCUGCACCUCCUGUGAUCAAGGUCAUGGUCUCUUUGUCCAACAGGAGUGCACAACCACAAAGGACACAAUUUGUGAUGUUUUAAGUGGCUAUUUCUGCAAAGAUUUGAUGGAUGAUGCAGGAUGUAGUUUAGCAGAAAAACAUUCUCCAUGUGCACCUGGUCACAGGAUAAAAGUACCUGGAACCAGCAGAACUGAUACAGUGUGUGAACUUUGUCAGCCAGGCCAUUUUUCACAGGAUGGCCUGUAUUGCACGGCUUGGACUAGUUGCUCAGAAACCCAAGUAAAGGUGGAAGGAAACAGCAGCAGUGAUGUUGUCUGUGGAGCUGCUUCAAGAGAGCGUUUCUAUUACAUACCUUUUAUUAUGGCCACGCUAUUAUCAUUAGAACUUGUGAUCGCAGGAGUCCUGUUUGAGGUGGAUUCCGAUAUCUUGGCAGAUGUUGGAGUUUUUGGACAGCUUCCAGAUGACAUCAAGUAUGUGAUAGCUCGUGUUAUCAUGCUUUCGACUUUGGCUGUCUUCGGGUGUGUUGCUGCACUCAUGGCACCAGCGAUGUGCUGUCGUCCUAAAGAAUAUGAAACAAAGGACGGGGAAUGCUGUCCUAUGUGUCACGAAGGUUCAGUUGUUCAAAGGGACUGCACAGAGCAGUCAGGCACACGGUGCAUCCCCUGUGUGAAUGGGACUUAUAUGAACCAACCCAAUGGCCUGAGUAACUGUUUCCUCUGCACCUCCUGUGACCAAGGUCAUGGUCUCUUUGCCCAACAGGAGUGCACAGCCACAACUGACACAAUUUGUGAUGUUUUAAGUGGCUAUUUCUGCAAAGAUUGGAUGGAUGAUGCAGGAUGUAGUUUAGCCAAAGAACAUACUACAUGUGCACCUGGUCACAGGAUAAAAGUACCUGGAACCAGCAGAACUGAUACAGUGUGUGAACUUUGUCAGCCAGGCCAUUUUUCACAGGAUGGCCUGUAUUGCACAGCUUGGACUAGUUGCUCAGCAACCCAAGUACAGAUCAAAGAAGGAAGCAGCAGCAGUGAUGUUGUCUGUGGAGCUGCUUCAAGAAUGCAUUUCUUCUGUUUUAUAUCUGUUAUUAUCACCAUGCCAUUAUCAUUAGCACUUGUGAUCGCAGGCACACUGUCUUUGAAAAAAACAGACCUCUGCUCAGUCAGAUCGGCACAUAGAAGAAGUCUCACCAUACUGAAUGGCACCGUCCGGCACUCCAGGAUCCAGCUGUUUGGACCAGAGACCACAUGAACUCAGUCACAUGAUCCUGGAGUCCUUAUUUCAGUCUUGUGGAUUUGUAUUUUACACACACAGAGUUUUGAGGAAAACUUUCCACCAGCCUGAAUGAAGAUCCAGAAACGACCAGAGGCAAUAUAUCUACAUGUUGUAAGUACAUUCGUGGACGCGAUAUCUCAGGAACGCCAGGAGGGAAUUUCUUCAAAUUUGGUGUAAACGUCAUCUUGGACACAAGAAUGAACUGAUUGGAUUUUGGUGGUCAAAGGUCAAUGUCUAACAGAAUAAAAUUAUGAAGUGAGGACAUUUUGGACAGACGUGGAUAUAAACUGCAUCUUGACUGGUUGGUGGAGGCAUACAAGCACGAGGCGGUAAUUGCAGUUGUUUUACAAUCAAUUGUCACGCCCAUUACAUACACUUUCAAUGUCAUUUAUUAAGGCUUUUAAUUAACUACUGAUUUUUCAUUUAAAUGAAAUAUGAACUUUGUUUUACUUAAAUUCAAUGGUAACUUGUUAAUAUCAAACCAUUUCUUUAAGGCUUUUAAUUCCCUUUCCGCUGUAUUUAGGAGCUGUUCCAAACUUUUGUCAGAGCACAACACAGCACCAGCUAAGCAUAACAAUUGUGCAUUUUGUGAUAAAAGUAACAAAUUUGUCACUAGUAUAGGUUUAUAUGUUAUGAAAAGAUAUAGAUAUUGAGGUGCUGCAAAUUUGGCCCCUGAGGGCCAGGGCAACCAUUUUUCAAAUUCCUAAAUGUUGCAGAAAACUGACAUUAUGACUCUUGAUGAUUUCUUUAGAACGGCAAGAUCUUCAGCUUUUCCAUCGGUGUAUUUCACUUUUCAUUAGCAGUAAAAUUGAUGAGAUAUCGCUGGAUAAAGUUCUGGGUCGCCAGUAACCUGUAAUCACAGUUAAAGUGAUUCUGAACUUUGGUAGAACUUUGGGUUUUAUCGCUAACUAGCCAGGGCACAUGCACAACUAUAGGUGAAAAUCGUCAUCAAUUACUACCGUACUUGCAUGAGCGGAUUACGGUUUGUUAUGCUUUUUUUCUCUCUCCGUUCACUCCCGUUGAUAGCGAAACAAAUCUCUAAAUCGCACUUAAGCGUUUCUUCACAGCGCCUAAGCCAAAUGAACCGAACAAAACUUGUUUACGGGCACGCUACUUCGGUCCUCUGCUCUCUGUGUUGGUGGUCAUCGAGAGCAGGGCUAGCUCCUCCUCCACAUUAGAGUUGGGCCAGUGUAAAAACUUUCAAACUUUCACAACACUGGACCUUUGCACCGAAUUUUACCACUAGGUCUCGCACUUGACUCAGCAGCCACAACUCAGUGGAGCGACUUGUCACGAAAAUGAGAAUAGCUGGGCUGCGGUCGAAUAGUCCUUUUUGCUUAGGAAGGUUCCUAACGGAGUGAAAUGACCCAGAAGUACCUCAGAAGCAGCCUUGAUGAGAGCUGUUCGAAUUCUCCAAAUGCAAAGGAAAGGAGCUUCAAUGCUUCCUUUAUUAUCUCCUUUAGCAUAGGAUGCACUGGACCAUUCUUUACCAAAGGAAAAGAGAGAAUAACAUCCAACAGUUCCUUGCGGCCGCGGCAUUUAAAGCGACUCACCGUUUGGUCGUCCCUGAUAACAAACGAUAUGCUUAUCUUGCAUAUUAUUUUCAUACGCUCAUACACUCAUUGGGAUUAAUAUUUCUAUAUAUAUAAUAUAUGUUUAAUAUUAGUAGACAGCGACAACCAUUUCGUUUCACUUUAUUUUUAAUUAAUUAUUUAUUUCGAACAUGUAACAAAUACCUCAGUAAAAAACAAAACAAGAAUAACAUAAAAUGAACAGUAAACAAUCAAUUAACAAAUAAUCAACAUAAAUAAAUAUUACAUGUCCGAAAAGAAGUUGGAUGAAGUAUAUGGUCCUACACCUUCUCCAUAACUCGGUACAAUUAACUCAAUUUUUAUCAUAUAUUCUUUUAUUUAUUUCAAUUCGUCCAUAUUUCAUACAGUCUAUGGGACAGACGCUUCUGUUACCAAAGACAUCUAAUCCUAUUGGAGUUGGCACCUUGGCGUGGUGGAUUAGCUUGUGUGUCUCGGUGACCCUGUGAGCUAUUCCGACAGAAGACUAAUUUUAGUUUCCUUAUAGGUUCAACCAGGUCGGCUUGGUCACAGGCCAGAGACCAGACUAAUAUCAACUCCCCUGCUCAGAUUUGCAGGUCAUUUAAAAAAUAAAACAGUCGUAUGAACCUGAAGUGCCUACCCAAACUAAGAAGUUCUCAUGCGACCUGUGACUAGAGGUUACUGCCAAUCCUGAACUUUAUCUAGCGAUAUCUCUGUCACUUGUACAGAUAAUAAAAAGAAAAGCACACUGAUAGAAA